UUGCGAAAUGACAGAUGACACAUGAGCCCGCGAUCCCUGCUGGUAAUGGGAGAGGAAAACAUGGCGGCCAGAAGGGACCGUAACUUCAGUUCGGGUUCCGACGGGGCAAAUAACGCAGACAGCGAGGGAGUAGACAACUUUGAGGACGAAAUUGGCUUGGAUCUUGAAGAUGAAGAACAUAAUAUAGAGCUAUCCCUAAGUGCACCUCCAGACGAUAGAUGGUACCAUGGAAAAUUAGACAGAAAAACAUGUGAAGAAAGACUUGCAGCUGAUGGAAGAAUUGGUGCUUAUCUUGUCCGUGAGAGUGAUCGGAAACCUGCAACAUUCUCCCUAUCUUAUCUUGGAAAGAAUGGCAUCGUGCACUUUAGAAUUAGUAAUGUCUGCGGCGAUUACUACAUAGGAGGUCGUCAGUUUGAUUCACUAUCUGAUCUGAUUGGCUAUUACACAAGUUGGUCCUGUUUAUUGAAAGGGGAACAGUUAGUGCACCCUGUAGCUCCGCCCGAACCAGUGGAAGGCCGUCGCAGGGUGGUAGCUAAAUACACCUAUAAUAAGACCCCUGACACAGAUGAAUUAAGCUUUUGUAAGGGUGAUGUAUUCAUAGUCGAUAAUGUCUUUGAUAAUGACUGGCUUUGGGUUGCGGCUCAGAAGAGUAAAGAGAGGGGACUCGUACCUGCAGCCCUUGUUGAUGAUGCAGACCCCAAGCUUGACCCGCAUGCUGGGAAACCCUGGUUCUUUGACGAUGUUACAAAAGAGGCUGCUCAGGAUAUUUUGAUGAGAGAUGGAGCUGUUGGUAGUUUUAUGAUAAGGCCAAGUGAUAAGUCUCCGGGGGAUUAUUCACUCAGUCUAAGAUACCAGGACGGCGUCACACGCUUCCUUAUCAGACGACAAGGCCAGCAGUACACAAUGGGUGGACGUGUGUUUUGCAGCAUUGAUGAUGUUGUUAAGAGAUACAAGCAUGAGCACAUUGUUGAGGGGCUGUCUCUCAAUGAGCCAGUACUAAGGCCAUCCGUUUUGGAAAUUCCAAAUCGUCCGACAACACCUAGCAACAGAUGCAGUGACCAGAUGGAUGGGUUCACCUUUCCACCCCAGACAAGUGGCCAAGUCUCCAUCAUCAACACUAGCCAACAGGCCUCCAAGAGGGGAUACUUAGUGAAGAAAGGUCAUCGUAACAAGUGGAAAAGGAUGUUUUGCGUCCUGGAUGCUGAUGAACAGAGGUUAUCCUUCUUUGAAAAUGAAAAGCGAACCAAGCCAAAGAUGCUGCUGGACUUGACUUUCUCUACUGUGUAUGCAGUACUAGAGAGCUUCUUUGGCAGACCGAACUGUUUCCAGGUGGUAGUGCGGGCCCUGGGUGAAUCCCGCAUGACUUAUCUUUGUGCUGAUACACCAGACUUAGCAAAUGAAUGGAUGGACGCUGUGCAAAAGAUAUGUGGCAAAUCCAAGAGUUUGGAUGUUAUCGAUGUGGACGUAAAACAGCUGCGGAGCCUCGAGUUGAAUGUCAUCGAGGCCCACAAACUACCCCUAAACAAAGUCUCGCAUCCGUAUUGCAUGGUCUCACUUAACGAGGUUAAAACAUGCCGGACGAAAACCUUCGAGGGUCAGACGCCGCUAUGGAACGAGGAAUUUAAAUUCAACGAUCUUCCAAGUGAUGUAUCGUCAUUCACACUAAGUCUUUACAACAAAAGCUGGCGAACGAAGGACGUAUUAAUUGGUCACGUGCUAGUACCACUAAACAAGCUUCCAAAAGGUCAGACUGUUGAUGAUUGGUAUCCCUUAGCAGCCGCGUCGCAUGGCAAGGCUGAAGUUGGCAAUGUCAGAAUUAGAGUCAAAUUCACGCACGAGAUAAUCAUGCCCGUUGAAGAAUACGAAGCUUUGAAGGAGAUUCUACUGGAUGAAGAUCUGGUCGCGGUAACCGCUCUUGGUCAAGUCUGCAAAGACAGAGUGGUUCUUGCUUCAACCCUGCUGAAGAUCUUCCGCCAUGAGAAGCAAGAGAUAUUUCUCUUGAAGACAAUGAACGCAAGAGAAAUCGAGAAACAAGACGAGCAAGCUACUCUGUUUCGUGGCGCAUCCCUUGCCACCAGUUUAAUGGACCAAUACAUGAAGAUGGUCGCUAUUCCGUACCUUCAGCAUACCAUCAAGGACGUCAUACUCAAGAUACUGGAGUGCAAACAGUCAUGUGAGUUGAAUCCUGCCAAAAUGGAGAAGGGUGCAGACACCGUCGUCAACCUCAAGCAGCUCCUGGAAUUCCUGUUUGAAGCGAUAGAUGCGAUUUUUACAUCCGCCGAGGAGUGCCCGAAAACACUUCGGUACUUGUUCGGAUGUCUGCAGCAAAAUGUGAAAGACAAAUGGGCCGACAACCAGACAGUAAGGACGAGAGUUGUCAGCGGAUUCCUUUUUCUACGCUUGUUUUGCCCAGCCAUUAUGAACCCCAAGACAUGUAACUUGAUGUCAGAACUUCCUUCUGCUACGGCGGCCAGAACUCUGACGCUAGUUGCGAAGUGUCUUCAAAAGCUAGCAAACCUUGUGGAAUUCGGGGCUAAGGAAUCGUGUAUGACCCCUGUGAAUCCCUUCAUGCAGAAAAACAGAGAGAGGAUGGUCUCGUUUAUGGACGAGUUAUCGGAUGUGAGGGAAUGUCCUAAGACACACGAACAAGUGUCUUCGGAUCCUGCACGAGACCUAGCAUCUCUUCACGACCUUUGCAUCGUAUACGAGAACGAGCUCAAGCAACUGAGCACUACGCAGACCGACCUGAAGAAACUCGUGUCAGUCAUAGAGGCGUUACGUCGUCGAGAGCAACAGUACGUUCAGGAGUCUAGCAGUCUCGAUACAGUAGCCAAUCCAGGGGCCAAGACAAGUGGCCGUUUAAUCGAGGUCGGCCACCAUAUUGAGGUAGUCCAUAGCCACAAUCUCAAUGCUGUGCUACUUCCAGUAAGUGGCCAUCCCAGGGGCCGAGACAAGUGGCUGUUUAAUUGAGGUCGGUCGCUUUAUGGAGGUAGUGCAUAGCCACAGUCUCAAUAAAGAGGUACUUCCGUUAAGUGCCAAUCCCAGAGGCCAAGACAAGUGGCUGCCUUAUGGAGGUAUCUAAAUACUUAACAACGCGAAGCGUCUAGGGGACGAUUCCAGCUUUUUGCUGAGCCUGAGGCGAAUAAUGGUUUUAGUAUCUACUUGGCAGGGACUGAACAAGACACAUUUUACUGUAACAAUUUUAUAGAACUGCCGACUUUACCUUAUAGUCGCGAUAGGCGCGGUAUGUGUUUUGACAGUUUUGUUGGUGUUCGUGUCUUUUUGAAGAUUUUGUUCGCCCUAACAAUCCAAGUUGUAUUUGCCACGCAAUGCUUUUAUCCAUCAUAAAAUUCACAUCCCCAAUGCGAAAAUAUUCACUAAAUUUUAAUCUAAGUCUUGUAGACUAAUAAAGUCCCGAUUAUCACGUCGUUUUUAACUAUAAUUUGAUCAUAGCAGAGAUGUUUUCCUUUGACUCAUCUACAGGCGAUCAUAUAUUCACUUUAAAAUAUGGGUGCGUUAUGGGCUCCAUAGAGGUACCACUGUAUUUAGAAGGCUUUGCAAUAAAAAAUAUUUUUCAAGACGA